AAGUAAUUCAGUCGUGCUUUUCAUCCACUUGAGCAACAUUAAUGUAUCAAAACGAAAAAAAGGAAAAAAAGUUAACGAUAAUUCACUCAUUUCAUCAUUCAGUGUAAAUUACUUGAUAUCCAUGUUCCUCUCGUAACAUCCAAAGUGGGAAAUUAUCCAUAAAAGAAUAAAAAAGGAAAAUUCUUCAUUCAGUUCACUUGAAUUCUCAUUCAAAUCACAUUGAUAUUUCCGUGCUUUUCCUGAUUGAAACUCAAGAAAAGUAAAAGUGUGUUCCAUCAUAGACUGCAAAACCAUUGAAAAAACAUUCGCCUUCAACCCAGAAUCAACCAACUCAAAGUUUUAAAGUCAUUUUGACCUGAUUGGAGGUGAAACUGUUCAAUGUCAUGUUCCAAUCAGAUUGCUUUGAAAAGUUAUGGCAAAGGAAAGGUUGGAAAGUUGAAUUUAAAAGACAUUGGUGGACCUACUUUUAUCGUCAACAAGGAAAGUGAUCGAACGAAUGGCUGUUCUAAUAGCUGGGAAUCCAAUCCCAAUGAGACUAGUUUAUCGCACAAUGAUUUGUCAAUCAUCUUGAAUGACGAUGAAACGCCGAACUGUGAUUCCAAGUUUCGCUCUUCACUGACUUCCACAGCUUUUUACUUUAAACGUAAGCGAACUUGGCAAAUAAACUUGCGCCGAUCGACGAAAAGACAAAAUUCACUUGAGAAUGGCGUCUCAUCUAGCAAUCCAUGUUCACCAAGCUCACCGGUUGACGGUCAAGUUGAGGGUUCAUUCAGUGCCAAUAGGAGUGAUCGUAAACGGUUCAAGGAACCACUUCGUUCCAGUGUAAUAAAUGUUCAGCCUUCCAACAAUAGGACUUUAUAUUUUGCACCCGAUGCAGGGGCGAGUGAUUACAUUGGUGUUCAUCUGCCCAAAUUGUCCAAUGAGUUUAACGAUGAUCACCUAGAGUCGGGCUAUCAAAAGUAUUCUCAGCGUCAAAGACAAAAGUCGCUUGUUCUUGUCAACUUGCUUGAUAUACUUCUUAAAGUUUCCCUUUUCAUUAGCAAAACAAGUUCAGUGAAAAGUCAAGAAGAUUUACUUCCGACUUUAUCCACAACAGACCAGAAUCCGGAUAAUAUUGAAUCUUUUGAGCCUUUAUACGCACUUCCCUGGUUGUUUAACAAUUGUCUUAUAAUCAUAUUCAUAACAUGUUGGAAUUAUUGUGCCAACAAUUAUCUUCACAUAGCUGCAGGUGCAACCCUGGCUACAUUCAAUAUGGAAGCUCUUCUUGGUUUCCAAUUUGAUGAGGAUUUCAACAGUUUACAUUUGCCUAAAGGAGGAAUAGUCUGGCCAACAGUGUUUAUUGUUUUCAUCACUUUUGCCAUGAUGCCCUUACCGCUUCGUUGGUGUGUCCUUUGUGGCCUAAUGACCUCUAUACUUGAUAUAACAUUCAUGUGCCUCACUUUCAUUUUUGAUAAUCAAGACAGUUCAACCUUCGCUCGAAAGUUGACUGCAAAUAUACUUAUAUAUUCAUGCAUCAAUUUUGUCAGCUUGUAUACUAAAUAUUUAACUGAUUGUGCACAACGAAAUGCAUUCCUAGAAACGCGCCGUUCCAUUGAGACGAGAUACAAAAUUGAACGAGAAAAUGGAAAACAGGAGAAACUUUUACUCUCACUUUUACCUCGAUUUGUGGCUUUAGAGAUAAUCAAAGAUAUUGCCGAAGAGGAAGAUCACAGGAAACUCCUUUCAGCUCAAUUUCACAAAAUUUAUAUUCACUGUUAUAAAGAUGUUAGUAUUUUAUUUGCAGAUAUUCAAGGUUUUACAGCUUUAGCGUCUAGCUGCUCAGCUCAAGAGUUGGUCAGGUUGUUGAAUGAUUUGUUUGCCCGUUUCGACAAGUUGGCUCACGAGAAUCACUGUUUAAGGAUCAAGUUGCUUGGCGAUUGUUACUAUUGCGUCUCUGGUCUUCCCGAUCCAAGAAAAGAUCACGCUCAUUGUUGUGUCGAAAUGGGCCUCCAUAUGAUCCAAGCAAUCAAGCGUGUUCGUAAGAAGACUGAGUUUGAUUUAAACAUGAGAAUUGGAAUUCAUAGUGGGUCAGUUUUAUGUGGAGUUUUAGGACUUAGAAAAUGGCAAUUUGAUGUUUGGUCAAAUGAUGUUACACUAGCCAAUCACAUGGAAUCAGGUGGACUUGCUGGUCGGGUUCACAUCUCAAAGGCAACCCUCAACUACUUGGGUGACUCUUAUGCAGUUGAACUUGGUGAUGGACAGAGUCGAGACAAUUAUCUUCGUAAUCAUGAAGUUGAAACUUUUUUAAUCAAACAAACUGAACCAACACACAUGAAGAGAGUUUAUUCAACUCAUGGACCUAUUUUCUCAUGCAAAGAAAGAAGCUCCAGUCAAGAUUCUACCUCAGUGUUUCCAGAGAACUGCAAUCCACCCAAACGUCAUGGUAAAUGUUCAGUGAAUACAUUAAAUUCAGAGCCAAUCAACUCAACCUCAAGUGCAGAUGAAAAUAGGCGAAUAUUUAGUUCUACAAGUUCACAGAGUGCCGAUGAUGAUGGAACCCUUGAAUGGACUCCUGAAAUACCCUUUGGAAAUUUCAACGAUUUACGAUAUUCACUUGACGAUGAUCCAUUUGAAGCUGAACCUGGAAAAGUGACUUCAGGUAAAGCAACUUCUGGUUCAAAGUUGAGAAAAGGUUUUACCUCACGCAAGUCUGGACAUGCUAAUUUGGUUUCACCUUCUGUACCCGAGACUGGCCUUGAGAUCAGCACGAUUGAAGGCGAAUCAAAGAACCUUUCAAUUAAACGUAACAAUGAAACUGUCCUUACGGUUAGUCAACAAGUUGACGAACUUAUUGAUCAUUCCAUCGAGAUUGAGUCAAACAAGAAAAUGAUUAAGGAAAAUGUUACCUGGUUCACAUUGUCAUUCAAAAACUCAGACAUGGAAACCAAGUUUCAUCAAACUAAGGACAGCGUCUUCAGGUCAAAUAUGCUUUGCAUAGCUGUGAUAUGGCUUUUGCUUUGUGGCUCUCAGCUGAUUAUUUUUUCUCGCUCUCUGGUACUUGUUACAUUAUUUAUAACUGGUUCACUGAUUAUGGGAUUAAGUCUGGCAAUUACUUUAUCCUCUGAAUUUGAUUGGUGCUGUAAAUCCUUUCAGAAACUUUCACAUUCCCUGGACGAGUCAAGAUUAUUUUGUAAUCUAUUAAGCUGCCUACUAAUUAUCAUCAUUUUUUCAACCACUUCAUCAACCAUUUUAUUCUGUGAUUCAAUUGCUUACCAGUUCGAUAUCAACUCGACUGAACUAUCAUCUUCUUCUUCUUCCCCUUGGUCACCUGAACUAUCAAGACAAUGUUACAUUUACAGAGAGUACUUUAUCUAUUCUUGGUUAUUGACGAUGGUUGCAAGCACAGCAUUCCUGAAGCUUCCAUACACAUUGAAAUUUAUCAUUCUAUUUACCAUGACUACAGUCUAUGUUUUCAUGAUUAUCUUUAUUCUUAAUAAUCUUCCAUCCAUUCAGAAAGAUGAACGACUUUUUACUUCCAAGCCAAAACCUUUGAUGUUGAUUGUUUUAUACUUUUUCGUUGUUAUCUAUCACUGUCGAUUGAUUGAACGAACUUCUCGGUUAGACUUUUUAUGGAAACUUCAAGCACAAAAAGAGCUUCAAGAUAUGCGAGAGUUAAGACAUUACAAUACACAAUUGUUGAAAAAUAUACUUCCAGAUCAUGUUGCUACUUAUUUCCUAACACAUGACAGAACAUCAGAUGAACUUUAUUCACAAUCUUAUGCCUGUUGUUCAGUUUUAUUUGCCUCCAUUCCAAAUUUUGCCAAUUUUUAUUCUGAAGACAUUAAUAAUGGUCUUGAGUGUAUAAGACUAUUGAAUGAAAUUAUAUUUGACUUUGAUCAGCUUUUAGAUGAAGAUCGAUUCCGUUCAAUUGAAAAAAUUAAAACCAUUAGCAGUACUUAUAUGGCUGCUGCUGGUUUGAGUCCAAAAGAUCAGAGUAAAUCAGCUGCUAAUCAUUUGACUGCUUUGAUUGAGUAUACAUUUGCUAUGAAGGAAUCACUUGAAGAAGUCAAUAAACAUUCAUUCAACAAUUUUAAACUGCGAGCUGGAAUCAGCUUUGGUCCUUUAGUUGGAGGUGUUAUCGGUGCUAAAAAGCCAGUCUUUGAUAUUUGGGGUAAUACAGUUAACGAAGCUAGCAGAAUGGAUUCAACUGGUCAACUCGAUCAUAUUCAAGUUCCAAGGGCCGCAGCUGAAAUUCUGGAAGAUGAAGGUUAUCGUGUUCAGUAUCGAGGUGUGAUUCCAGUAAAGGGUAAAGGUGAAAUGGAAACCUUUUAUGUAACGGGUAAAAAGAUUGAGAGAUCAAAAUCAUUUGGCAAGCAAAAUAACACACAGAAUAGUCUGGCUGAAGUCAUGUACGGAAUGGUUCAAGUGCGUAAAAAACAAGCUCUGGGUACAGCUUUAUCGGUCCCGGGUCCAAGGAUAAAAUCUCCUGGUUUAUCGGCUAGUUUAACUAUGAAGAAAAGCUCAAGAACAGGCCCAAAAUUGAAACGCAUGUUAUCCGAAACGCCAAACACUCGUAGGAAACGUAAUCGUUUGGAGGAAAGACGAAUGACUGAGACUGGAGCUCAUUCUUUUCCAGAUGUAACGGACCAAAAGCCGGAAAUUUGAUCGAUCAACAUCUGAAACGAAAGGAAAUGAAAUUAGUUAAUAAAAUAAGCUAUUUGACAAUUAAAAGUUCAAUCCAUCUGUUGAAACGAGUAUGCAGUGAUGAUGUAUCAACAUUGUUCUUGAGAAGAAGAAAUGUUUACGUUAAAAUAUUGUAUUCUGGAUAAUAUAAAAAGAAAUUAAUUAAAAACAAAAGCUUCUAACCUUUCAA